AUGGCGCCAACAACAGGGAAUGGUGUCAUCUCGCCACUGUUCACACUAGAAGAAGACUCUGAAGCGACUGUGGUUACUCAGUCGGAACCAACCCGCGAAUUUUCCGCGCCUAUCACAACUUGUUUCUUCGAUUUGGAUGACACUCUGUAUCCCAGUAGCGCUGGUCUCGGCCCAGCGUGUGUGAAGAACAUCGAAGAUUACAUGGUUCAACGCCUGGGUUUCGCAGCAGACACCGCAGGCGAGGAGGCCAUCAGGCUGUAUAAGGAGCAUGGCACCUCCAUGGCUGGUCUCCGGGCAGAAGGUUACGCCUUCGACUUUGAUGACUGGCACGCGUUCGUCCACGGCCGACUGCCAUACCACCUGCUGAAGCCAGACCCCGCCUUGAGGCACCUCCUUGAUUCGCUUCCUCAACGCAAAUUCGUGUUCACCAACGCUGAUCGCAUGCACGCUAGCCACUGCCUGCGUCUGCUGGGCCUGGAGGGCUGCUUUGAUGCUGUGAUUUCAUUUGAAGAAGUCAUGGCACAGCAACCCUCCCAGAACUUCAACCUCCGAAACAACUUCCGCCCCUCGUGCACCUCUGACACCACUCACGGUCCUGACUUCCCUAAUGGCUCGGAUGGAUCUGACGGUUCUGACUAUCUUCUGGACUCCGACCAUGGUCUGCUGCCGUCCUCCCUGCCUCCCAUUCCCUCUGCCUCCUCCACUGCCUCCCUGCCCUCGGCUAACUUGUCGAGCGAUUGCAGUAAUGGCAGCAGUGGCAGCAGCUCUCCAGAGCGAUUGCUACCAAUCAGUAUCCAGGAUCAGCAAGAAGGACCAAGUGAGCAGCAGCAGCAGCAGCAGCAGCAGCGGGGUUUAGAGCAGCAGGAAUCAAAACAGGUGAACCUCCCCCAGGUGCUACCUUUCCGCUGCAACAGUCGCCGCUGCGUCAGUGCAGAUGCACUGGUGGAGCAUGCCUCUGCACACCCUCUUUCUGCACUCACUCAUCGUGACGCCGCCAGGCUAGCAGCAGCUUCUCCAGCAGCAGCAGCAGCAGCAGCGCCACCACAACCAACACCAGCAGCAGCAGCUGCUGCAGCAUCUGCAGUGGCGCAGUCGUGGAUGAGUCCGGCCGGACCACUCAUCUGCUGCAAGCCCCAGGCUGAGGCGUUUCACCGCGCAGUGGUUGGCAUCGCACGCGCUGACCCGCACUCAUCGAUAUUCUUUGAUGACAGCACCCGCAACAUCUCAGCGGCCAAGAGAUUUGGCAUGCAUACAGUUCUGGUAGGAACAUCACAAUCAUCAGCAGGAGCAGAUUAUGUUAUAGCAAACAUUCAUGAAAUGAAGAAGCAAAUCCCGGCGUUGUGGAAAGCGUCUGAGAGUAAUGAGACAGGCAUAGUGACGGAAGGUGUUAAAGAGUCCCCAUGCAUCUGCCAUCAAAGCAGAAACCUGGGCCUUGUGUUGGCAUAA